UGUUGUCUGCUGUUAAUGACUAAUGAAGGUGCUGAUUUAAAAAUGCAAAAGAAAAUGGGUGUCCAUUUACUCCUCAGUCAUGCUACAGUAUGUUUCAAAACAUCUUUAGACACUUCAGUUUAUUAGCAGAGGACGAGAGGAGCUCACUAACCUAAUCUAACCUCAGCAGUGAUGGAACAAAUACUGAUGCACCUCGUUUUGUUUUCAGGCUUUCUCUCAGUCAUUCUGUGCGACUCACGUAGACUCACUGAGUAUGUUCUUAUCCAAGAGUAUAAAACAUGGAAUGAGGCUCGAAAUUUCUGUCAAAAGAACUACAUUGACUUGGCCACUGUCCAGACUGAUGAACAGUGGAGUGAAAUAAACAAGUUAAGAGCUAAAUAUCUGUCUGACACUUGGAUUGGACUCUAUGAUGAUGUUAACAGCUGGCGCUGGUCUUUUCAUGAUGAACACCUCACAUACGCGAGAUGGGAUAAGUAUCAGCCAGAUAAUUAUGGAGGAGACCAAGAUUGUGUAAUUCUUCAUUCAAAUGGAUACUGGCGCGACAAAGGCUGCGAUCUUAAAUGUGUUGUUGUUUGUCAAAGUGAUCAAGGGCCAGUACUAGUUACUCAUCCAUUGAUGUCCUGGAAACAAGCUCAGCAUUUUUGUAGAGAAAACUUCAUAGACUUAUACACGGUCAAGAAUGAGAGUGAGAAUCAACGGCUAAGGAUGAUGAACCAUAAUGAUGAGAGUUGUAUCUGGAUCGGUCUGUUCAGAGACUCGUGGAAAUGGUCCGAUCAGACCAACACAAGCUCUUCUCUGCGAUGGGCUGAAAAACAACCAGAUAAUUCCUUCGGCAGUGAAAUCUGCGCUGCUGUUGAUGAGGAUGGUUGGAUUGCUGAUGAGCUCUGCUCAGAGAUGUUUUUCUUCUUUUGCAAAAGUCCAUUACGAGUAAGGCGACAGAUAUUGAGACUGGAGGUGAAAGCAGGUGAUAAUGUCACUGAUCAAGUGACUGCAGACGCUGUGUUGAAGGAGGUCCAGAAGAAACUCAGAGAGCAGGGAAUGGCAGCGGAUGUGAACUUCUCAUGGCAGGAGCAGCCGAACGGAACAGUGUUCCAAAAAUUAAACAAGCAACAUUAUAGGUGGACUAAAGGGGAAGAUGAUAUUCAUUAACUCACUAAAAC